ACAAUACCCACACUCCCUUGCGGGCUACAGAGGCUUCUGCCGCGCGCAGACUACUUGGGAGUGUGUCGAAUCCGUUGCGUUACAUCUUUCUUGCGAACUAUCAAAACACAAACAAAAAUCGGAUACGUUACUUAUUUAAAUGUUAAAUAAUGCUUGUAGGCUGGACCGGUGCUUUUGUUUAUUUUUAACAAAACAGCAUGAGCGAAGGAAAAUUUACGUAUCGUCAAGUGUGGCGACACUUUUAAAGGCGGUUCGCUGGAUUAAGGAGGGGAUUUACAGCAACCUUUCAUUUUUUCUGGAUUUGUUUAAUGUUUUUUUUCGUAAAGAAGGGAUUAUUUUUUUAUUUGCAUCGGCUAUUGCCUGGGUGCUUUCACGCCGGGCUGCCGCUGUUGAGCUCCGGCUAGCUAGCGGUUAGCUAGCUGGCUCUUGGAUCUAAUAAUCAUAAUAAGGCCUGCUCGUCGGAAAGGAGAAGGGGGACAAUGCUCGACAUAAUGUCUGACCACCAAGAUUCGCUUCUGACGUGCAAAACUGAACCUUUGCCCCCAGAGAGGAAGAGAAGGACGGUGGAGGACUUCAAUAAAUUUUGCAGCUUUGUCCUUGCCUAUGCUGGCUACAUCCCCAGUCCCAAAGAGGAAAGCUCAUGGUCACCAACGUCAAGCUCCGCUCACAGCUCAGGUCCGUCAGUGGAUGGCGGUGGCAGCAGUGGCUCGAUAAGUGCAACUUGGGCAGAUGGCGGCUCCUCGGACCUUCACACCAUCCACACAUUUGUGCGCAAGGCCCGCGCUAACAAGGGCAAAAGCCGCAUGCCCCCUGACAGCACCUUGCUGGACAAAAUGCGCCUCAAAGACACGCUAUACGACGGCGCUAGCCACGUCAAAGCCGAGCGCAGGAAGGACAAAAAGCCCAAAAAGUUAUUUGGCUUGCCAUCUUCGGCGGACAGUGGUAGCAGCGAAGGCGAGAAACGGCCGCGUAUCAAACGCUGCAAAAACAGCAAGCAACCCAAACCCAAAAGGUUCAAGAGCGCCAUGAUGCAAGACAACAGUGACCCAGAGGAGCAGCGUGAGGGUGGACCUACCGAGCACGGAGAUCCCAGUCCAAGCCUGCAUGGUGCCGCCGGCAAGAUGACGCACUCUGACGAGACAAUGAGGGACGCCGAGAUGAGUUCCAGCGAGGGGGAGACAUGGAUCGCAGACGAAGACAUCAUGGUAGAGUCUGGGGACGACUCGUGGGACCUGAUCACGUGCUACUGCGGGAAGCCGUUUGCUGGCCGGCCGAUGAUCGAGUGCAACCAGUGCGGUAUCUGGGUGCACUUGUCCUGCGCCAAAAUCAAGAAGUCCAAUGUCCCCGACAUCUUUUACUGCCACAAGUGCAGAGACUUGAGGCGGUCGGGGCACAAAAAAGACACUUAGAAACAAACUUUAGGGGGCGGAGGGGUAUGGUUGGUGGUCAGGGAUUGGUUGUUAAGCCAGCCCCUUUUGCUUUUGUUGCCUAAAACAGCCAAAAACAGCCUAACCCGUCACUGCAUUUGUCUUUCUUUUUGGACAAUCAACAGUUGUUGUUUUUAUUUUCUUUGGACAAGUUUUUUUUGCGUUCAUGACAAACAUAGUUGGUCUUAAGGGCGAGCAGUGUUGGCUUCCAAGAAUAAUAUUGGUCUAAAAAGGCAGAUCGUGUUUUUUUAGUUGUCAGUGUUAGUCACUGAUGAGAUUUAAUCCUGAUUUCAGACAAUGGGCUUUUUUUUGUUGUUGUGCAUCAAUUUUAAACUUUGGUGUCCCCUGAACCCUUAUGGUGGGCGACCCGACUUCAAUAAUGAGCAAUUUUUUGUUGUGCAUCAAUUUCAAAAUUAAGUAUUGCACUUUUUACAUAUAUCUGUUCUUGACCGAGCGCUUACACUCCCGUACGAGCUUGUAUGUAACAAGCAAAUGUUUUAUUUUGGUUUGCAUCACAAGGCUUUUUUUCUGUUGGCACUCUUUAAAGGCGAGCCGACUCCCGCUUUAAGACAAUUGUAAAACUGUACAGAGAGUAAGUUGACGCAAUGGACGGUAUUUUGGCUGUUUUUCGUUUAAUUUCUUCGUUUUCGGGGAUCAGUGAACACUUUUUUGUGUUAACUCUCUUUCUCAAUCAUUGUGUUGUACAUAUUGCUUUCUUUGACAAAUGUACAUAUGUGAAAGUUCAAGAGAGGGAAAAAAACUAGCCAUGCAAAAAGACUAUAUUUUCCGCAGUUAUGCAUUUUUUUUUCUUUAAUCGUAGUUUGGAAAAUAAAAUUCUUCUUUGGGAAAUUA